GAUAAGGCAUUUCUUCGAAAGUUCAGCAAAACAAAUCCUAUUGAUAACAAAAAUCGAAUUUUGGAAUCCAAGGGUGGCCUCCUGGACAACUCAUAUCGCUGGAUCCUAGAGCACGAGCAGUUUACGAAGUGGUAUAUCAUCGAAAAUAGUGGCGUCUUAUGGAUCAAGGGAGACCCCGGAAAGGGCAAGACAAUGCUGCUUUGUGGAAUUAUUAAAGAAUUUGGAAAAGAUCCAAAGAUACAAGGGAGAUUGGCCUACUUCUUUUGCCAAGGUACCGAUAAUAAGAUUAAUACCUCUACAGCGAUUAUCAGAGGCUUAAUCUAUCUAUUCCUUUGUCAAUAUCCCAAGCUUCUUUCGCGUAUUCGACAAGAAAACAUGAACGAACCAGAUGAAUUUCUGGAAGGAGAUAACGAACGAUUUGCCUUGUGCAGGAUCUUCAAAAGUGUUAUAAAAGACCCCUGCAUUACAGACCCUGUUUGUGUUAUUGACGCCCUUGACGAGUGUCAGCAUGAAGAGUCUCUACAAUCUCUUUUCAACCUAAUCGUGGAUACAAGUAGCCGAGUCAAGUGGCUACUAUCUAGUCGAAAUGAAACAUGGAUGGAACGCGGUCUCUGUGCGGUUGAAGAGCACCAGAGACUGAUCCUGGAGCUUAGAGAAAAUUCAGAGCACGUUUCCAGUGCGGUCAAAACAUAUAUUAGCCAUUGCAUUCAGGAUAUUUAUGCAUUGAAAGAUGAUGCAGAACUACGGCAUAAAACAGCAGAGUUACUAAACGCAAAGGCAAAUGGUACCUUUUUAUGGGUAACACUCGUUGUUAAAGAGUUGCGCAAUGCGAGCCAUCCUUACGUCGAAGCUGUACUGCAAAGCAUGCCCGAGGAUUUAAAAGAACUUUACGACGAAAUUUUGAGGCGUGCUAAGAAGCGCUGGAAGGCCAAUGAACGCGCUUGCCUGGCUACUUUGGCGACUGUCACGGCUGCUAAACGGCCUCUUUUGAUGGAAGAACUAUACAUGUUUAUCAGCCCAACGUUGAGACGCCUUGAGGGCAAAUACAACAUUCAUAGCGUCAAAGGCUUCGUGGAAGCAUGUGGGUCCUUUAUAUCCAACACGAAUGAUACCGUCUAUUUUAUUCAUCAAUCCGUCAAGGACUACAUGGUUCAGGAAGCGAAUAAAACAGUUUUCUCUUCGGGUAUUGCCGGCCAGCAUUUUACAAUGUUUGACAUCUCGAUCUCCGAAAUGAACAAAACGCUCAAGCGUAAUGAAUAUCUCGCGAAACUGGUAUCCGAAGAUAUACAUGAGAUUAUUCCAUCGGGUACCACCCUUUCAACAUCAAUAGAAUAUUGCUGUACAUUUUGGGUUGAACAUCUAGUUGAAAGUUGUGAAUUUCAACAAUCUCGGCUUCGGGAGUGCCUAAAAAAUCAUGAAAAACUUCAUAUUUUCAUUAACGAAAAAUAUUUAUAUUGGCUGGAAGCAAUGAUGAGGUUAAAACCGACAACUCAGGCAGUUGAAGCUCUUCAGAAGCUUCAUGAUUUGAUCACAAGCUGCUCCGGGAGUGAGAUUGAAAUAACUCGAUUACUCGAACUUACGAAAGAUCUCUAUCGAGCCAUCUCCGAGAAUAGGGCCAUGAUCGAGGCAUUUCCUUCGCAGAUCUAUAUCUCGGCCCUUGUAUUCAGCCCGAUGAAGAGCAGACUUAGGAAGACAUUUGAAGCAGCAGAAUCUCCGACGUGGAUGCCUAUCAAACCUAUAAUGCGACAAGAGUGGGGCGCCUGCCUACAGACCAUCGAGUCCCACGAGAGACGGAUUCAUUUUGUAACGUUUUCACCAGACAAUAGUAAGCUGGCGUCGAUUAUACGGAAUGAGAUUAUCGAAGUUUGGGACUUGGCGACGGGAGCGCUUGUGCAAGAUUUACAGGGACGUAAAUUUGCGACUAGCGCAGCUUUUUCGUCAAACGGUAAUAUGCUGGCGCUUCUUUGCCUCGACGCAAACGACGAAGAUAUUUACGUGUGGGACGUUGCCAGUGGUAAAUAUCGCUGGGCAUCCACCGGUCAUGCAAGUUCUACGACCGCCUUGGCCGUUUCGCCUGAUGGUUCGCGACUGGCAUUGGCAGCGCAUAGCGGAACAAUCAAGGUCUUGGAAAUGGCCGCCCGCGCGCCUCUACAGAGCCCUGAAAGCCGCCCCGACGCAAUCGUGGAAAUGGCGUUUUCACCCAGUGGCAAAUGGCUGGCUUCGCUCUCUUACAAUGGUACCAAACUUUGGGACCCGGCUACAGGCGAGUGUCUACGGACGUGGAGGGCAUCAUCGAAUCUCACAGCCCUUGCAAUUUCACUGGACAGUGUGUGGCUGGCAGUAAGCGAUGAUAAAGGCACUAUACACGUUUAUGACGCGGCAACAGGCGCAUGUCAUCAGACACUGACUCCAGCGAAAUAUGAUUAUAGUUACACAGGCUCCAAAGGCAAGAAUGACCCAAAAACAACCAUCGACGCGUUGGCAUUUUCUUCCAACGGUAGUACGCUAGCAUCCGUACGGCGCACUUAUCACGAUAAAAGGGGUUUUGAUUACAUCCUAAACACUUGGGACCUGGCGACAGGAAAGUGUCUCCAGACUGUCACUCUAAGUGGUUGGGAGAAGUUCCAUGUCGGUAUAGCGAUGUUAAUUUUCUCUCCAACCAACAAGCAACUAGGGUCUAUAUUGAGAAAUGGCACUCUCCUUAUCUGGGAUGCAUCAACGGGCAAGCUCACCCAAACCCUCGUGAAACACGAGAGGAACAUUGUCCCUUCUCGUUUCAAGGAACCUAGGUAUAGGAAGUAUUCCAUGACAGACGAAAUGGUGGGAUCGUUCGCUGUGCUUUCCGCUUACUUUUCUUGCACGAGAGGAUUGGUUCGUAGCAACAAGGCGCCUGAGCUCACUAUGAGCAAAGAUAAUUCGUGGAUUCUGUGGAAUCAGGAGCCUAAAAUUGGGCUCCCGCCAGAGUAUCGCCCACGCAUUUUCGCAGUACAUGAGGAUUAUUGCGCCAUAGCAACUCAUUCGCAUGAAGUGCUAUGUUUUCCAUUUUCUGUUUGA